UUCAAAUUCCAAUCAAACCAUGAUCUUUCUUCUAAUUCUUGUAUCAACUUUUUGUCUAAGCAUUGAAGUAGCAUCAGGACAACUCAAUAAAGCAACCUUAACAUUGAACAGUUUUGAAAAAGGUGGAGAUGGAGGAGCAGCAUCAGAAUGUGACAACAAAUUUCACUCCGAUGACACACUUAUUGUAGCAUUAUCAACUGUGUAUUUCAACCAUAAAGAGAGGUGUUUCAAAGAAAUUACUAUUUUUGGUAAUGGUAGAAGCGUGAAUGCCAUGGUUGUUGAUGAGUGUAAGUGUGGAAACAAUAUUGUUGAUGGUUCUUCUGCUGUUUGGAAGGCUUUGGGUGUGCCUGAAAAAGAGGGUGAAAUGGACAUUUUUUGGGGAGAUGCUUGAUGCAAUUAAAGGAGAAUUUAUUAUAUCUAUGUUUGUGUGUUAAUGUGUAUGUAUUUUUAUCAUAAUACAUACAUAUAUCAAGUAUAACAGACACAGU